AUGCCUGAGCGCACACCUGAUGGAUGUACAGAGUUGGCCCUCAACCCCCCAACUCCACUCCCCGACCCAGGAAAAGACAGAGUGCGAGAGCCACUCUGUGCCCCGUCCGUCCUUCUCCCACAGGGGCUGGUGCUGCUGCUGUUGUCGCCGCUGCUGCUUGGGGCGCCGCGCGGCGUGGACGCGGGGAGCAGCGCGCCGGCGGAGCUGAGGGUCCGUGUGAGGCUGCCCGACGGCCAGGUGACCGAGGAAAGCCUGCAGGCGGACAGCGACGCCGACAGCAUCAGCCUCGAGCUGCGCAAACCCGACGGCACUCUCAUCUCCUUCACCGCCGAUUUCAAGAAGGACGUGAAGAUCUUCCGAGCCCUGAUCCUGGGGGAGCUGGAGAAGGGGCAGAGUCAGUUCCAGGCGCUCUGCUUUGUCACCCGGCUGCACCACAAUGAGAUCAUCCCCAGUGAGGCCAUGGCCAAGCUCCGGCAGAAAAACCCCCGUGCCGUGCGGCAGGCUGAAGAAGUGCGGGGUCUGGAGCAGUUACACAUGGACAUCGCCGUGAACUUCAGCCAGGGGGGCCUGCUGAGUCCUCAUAUCCACAAUGUAUGUGCAGAGGCCACUGAUGCCAUCUACACCCGCCAGGAAGAUGUCCGGUUCUGGACGGAGCGAGGUGUGGACAGUUCUGUGUUCGAGGUUCUGCCCAAGGAGCAGGUGGAAUUGCCCCGCUGUGGGCAAGUGAGGGACCGAGGGAAGCCUUGUGCCUGCCGCUACAGCCUGAGCCUGGCCUGGUACCCUUGCAUGCUCAAAUACUGCCACAGCCGUGACCGGCCAGCACCCUACAAGUGCGGCAUCCGAAGCUGCAGGAAAAACUACAGCUUUGACUUCUACGUACCUCAGAGGCAGCUGUGCCUCUGGGAUGAGGACCCCUAGCAGUGGGGAGCAGAGAACCAAGGAGAGCUGCUCGGGCCCACAAGUUUUUCACCGGCCACCAGAGGGCGCUAGCAACCCUGUCUGGGGCCUUAGGGCCCUUCCUGUGCCUCUGAGGUUGAAGCCAGGGGCUCAUCUGCAUGACUGUGAACGGGUGUCACCCAGCACGGACAACCUUGGGCAGCCCUGAUGCCUACCUGUGCCCAUCUGGGGGACUGAGAGGGAUCAGCCCUUCUCCAGACUGGUACCCUCCCCGCUUCCUGUCUCCUGAAAUGUCCCACAUACAUGCAAUCAAAGAUGCACCAGCCUUGGCUUCUUUUGUGGGAUUUGUACCAGGGCCGUGUGCUCCUGCAUCGUACCUUCCCAUCAGCGAGGCGACCGUUGACCCGAGAGGGACUUCUGGGGUCUCAUGCCCUAGCUCCCAUGUCUGAAGUGCCUUCUCUCUGCCCCGGAGGCAACAGGGAUCCGGGAAACUGCUGCCCCUGAGACUGCCACGUGUGCCUUUCCUGGGACCCAGCUUCCAGCCUCCAAGUCUUCCUCCCUUUGGACUGAAGUACUUUGGACAGGUUCUGGGACAGGAAGGGAGCAUGAAGUACAAGGAAAACUUGAAUUCCAGAUUUUUAAUACAAAAUAUUUAUCAUUUGUACCAGAAAUAAAAGUGUUUUAAAGUUUUCACUCACCUAA